AUGCCGCCACAAAAAUACUCCUCAACAGAUAAGAUCUUGACCAGGCUUAUCAGCGUAUCCGACGGCGUGAAACGCCGCCAGUCUCUGAAAGGCAUUGAAAAUAAACGGGUCAGGGAAGCAUUUACUCUGCUGUCAAUUGGAACUGCAACAGGAAGAAAAGAGGUUUACUUGGAAUUCCUCCAGCAGAUCCAGACCGUUGUGGGUUCUUAUGGGGUUGUUUUAUGUGCUGCCGCUUUGGGUGUGAGUGCAGUAUAUGCCAUGAAAGUCUCUUUUCGAAGGGAAUUAGGGUCGAAAAUAAAAGAGAAGGAGGAUGUUCUUUAUCAUGCUUGUCUAAGGAGGAUCGAAGCUUCACCACUCCAAGGCUCGGGACAUACAACGGAUGGGGUGACUGGGUGGACUUCACCCUACACUGGCGAUGGAUAUGAGCUGACCUGGGAGGAUGCGAAGGUCGUGGUGCAUUCCAACCAGAUCGUUGGCCAAGUUUAUCUGAUCGAUACGUACUCGGAGAAGAUGGCCUCCUUCAUGAUAGUACCCGUUUCUGACGACCUCACACGCCUGUUCGCCAUGCAGCGAUCAAAAAUAUAG